AACGUUACGUAAGAAAAAAUUUUCACCUUCAUCGCAGCGGCAUUUUUGCAGACAUAAAACGUAGGUGUACAUUUCCGUUUUGUGAACAUAAAAGGAAUGUACACGCCUUUAAGCGAGAAUGCCACAAUGUUCAGAUAAGUUUAUGUGCAGAUGUGGCUUUACAUGGUAUACCCACAACAUUCUACAUAGAUUGAGGGCAAAAUUUAUGCGCGAUAAUUUGCAGUUUUGCGAAUUGAAAAAAAUUGCCUCCUUUUUUCGCCAGCAAAACAGUUCAUUUGAAUUUUUUUUUUGUGAAUAUGCUUCUCGGUCAGUGAACUGAACUACAUUUGUUGUGGGCUUUCAAAAGAUGGAAGCAACAGGGCAACUGAGAAGUUAGCCAUUUGUAGUGCAUGUUGUUGCAUGUUGCUGCUGUUUGCACGUAUGCAUUCGCACAAGCACCAACAAACAGACGUACGAUGGGCGAAAAUAAAAACACAAUGAGGGGUGUUAUAGAACACGAAAUAAAUAUAUACGACGAAAAAAAGGCGCAUUUUGAAGCGCUGAGCGGUUUCUCCAAAUCGCUGAAGAAUGACUUCAAAGAUUUUGUUCACCUAAUUUGUAAGGUGAAAAAUGUGAGGAAGCAUGGAAAGUUGCUACUCUUCUGUGACACUAUUUCGAAUGGAAAAAUAAAUAAAAAGGAAAAUGUUUUAUUUUACAGAUAUCACAUUUUGAAGUGUGAUGAUGUGGAGGGGGAUCCUGCCAGAGGGGAAGAAAGUUCCCGCUGUACGGGUGAUAAUAAUGGGGGUGUUCACUUUUGCGUGGUAGAAAAUAAAUUUAAUGAAGAAGCCUUAGCAGCAGAUAAGAACAUCCAGUUGGUAAUCAGCAAGGACUUUUACGUGGACGAAGACAAAUUUGAUUCGUUUCGAAAAUGCCUAUUGAAGGAAAUUCACACAGGGAAGGAGGACCAUAAGGACGUCAGCCUUGGUAGCGAUUUGUUCGAACAUUCAGUUCGACUGUGCAAGGAGUUUUAUGCGAAUGUGAAGAAGACUGAAGAUGUGCAGACAUCUACCGAGGAAGGGAACCCUAUAAAGGAUAACUCCACGGAUAGCAUGGAAAAUGACCCCCCUUUGUUACUGAACGAAUAUAUAAAGUAUGAAAUUUUAAAGAAGGUCAUAAAAACGGAUACGCUGUUGUACAUUGUAGGAUUGCCUGCCUUGACGAACACGAAUGAGAAGUCCUUAUUGGUUUUUUCGGCCUACCUCCUGAGGGUUAACUACGAAUUCUUCAACAUCAGCGAACUGUUAAAAUUAUUCGAAGGAGGUUUUUUUUCCAUGCUAACAGUGUGCAGAAGUUUGCAAAUGAAGGAAAGCGACAUCCGGCAGAUUUAUAACAGCAAGGAUGACACAAAAAGAAGAUUCAUACGAAGUAUUAUCUACAAAAAUAAAAAUUAUGAAAGCAUAAGUAAUCAAAAAAUGAACAAUUUUGAAAUUUUUAUCUUAAAAAUGAUUGACAUAAUUCCCAAACUGUUUGAAAUACAGCCGAGCGAAUUUAACUACAACAAGGAAAUGAAUGACGAUAAGCGGUUGCACAGAAUUAUGCUCUGCGAUUUGAACCUAAAUCAGAUUAAUGACCAUGUAGCAGUGGAUAUAAAGGCGAGUGGAGAUGCUACAGAACAACAGAAGAAGAAGAAGAAAAAAAAAAAAAAGAAAAAAAAAGAUAUAAUGUCCUAUAUGAACAAUAAGAAGAUGCCACAAAUACAGUGGAUGAUUAAUCACGUACAAAUAAUGCUCGAAGAAAUAGAAAAGGGAAACUCAAAAAUUAAGAUGUUUAGCGGGGAAGAUAUCUUUUUUCACAUGUCCACGUUGGUGAACAAGUAUAUAGAAAGUAAUGACACUUUUUUCCAAAAUUAUUUAGAAUUUAUAGAGCUCUUUAUGGAGAAAAAUGAUCAACUCGUUAGUGCGGAAAACACAGAAAAGGUAAGAAGAAGUAUACAGCUUUUGAGAGAAAAAAAUGUGAACUUGUUUGAAAAUUCGAAAUGGAGUGAUGUCCAAUUUUACGACAUUAAGGAGUUCUACGUGGAGAAGUGCACCAAUAAAAAUGGAGACUUGAACAGGAAUUGUAAAAGGUCGGAUGAGGAAAAUACACUUUUGAAUUAUCACCAUGAUGAUGAUGUAACCUUUGAAGAGAAGCAAAAUGUAGCGCACGAACUGGGGAGAAACGCCAACAUUGAUAGUGAUCCCAAGUUGACGUACGAUUACUGCAUCCUGGAUGUCGGGGGAGGGAAAGGAGACUUGGGCAUUCACAUUUCGUUAGCCUUUAAAAACGUCCUAGUAAUCAUAUUAGACAUUAACGUAAAUUCACUCUUCAGUUGUUUCAUUAAAAUUUUUGCAAACAAAAUUAAAAACGUGUUAAUUAUGCACGAAUCGAUAUUAAAUUUUGACUUUAAAAAGUAUAAAAUAAAUUUGAUAGUCGGUUUGCAUUGCUGUGGUGGGCUAACUGAUUAUACUUUGAAAACCUGCAUGGAGGAAAGAAUCCCCUUUCUCACGUGUUCCUGCUGUUACACGAAAUAUAGGGAGUUGAGGAAACACAUUUUCGAUUUUAACAAUGAUGUGAUACUUAAUCAAAUUAAAAGUUAUAUUUACAAUAGGGAGUACUACCCCCAGGUGGGCUACAGCAUUGGGCAGUAUGCAGAGGAGACGGCUGGGGCAUCAGAGAGGGGGCACACCGGUGCGGCGAAUGCUGCGGAGAAAGAUGCAGAGGGCUCGAAUGAGGACCCUGUUCAUCUGAAUGUCCAAGAUUUUUCCAGAGAUGGAAAAACGCACACGGGUGGCGAUGGAGGUGGAGAAGAGGGAGACAUGGACGAUGUUGAAGAGGUGGGCGAAACGGGCGAACUGGACCCUGCUGACGAACUGGGCGAGUGCGACGACUUCUCCAUGUACAAGAAAAAGUACGACAAGUAUGGGAAAAAAAUAAUGAGGAGAACCAUCCCGAACAUAUAUUCGUUUGUAAAUUUGCUGUCCAAAUUGUGCGAGAGCGAAAACGCCGGAAUUUCAUUUAAGUGCAUGCACUUUUAUAACAACCUGCGGUUUCAAAUUUUGCAAAAGUUGUUUAGUGCCACGGGAAGUGGGGGCGAGCGUGGGGAAUUAAAUCUGUCACUGCACUCAUUCCCCAUGUCCUUUUCGCCGAAGAACAUCGUCCUGAAGGGCGUCUUCUCGCAGAAAGGGGGGAAGCGGUGGAUCGGUGAGGCGGUAGAGCGGCAAAGCGGAGAAGCGAAGAGGAACCCCCCCUCAAUGACACAGGUCGCGUCCAUUUCUUCAUAA